AUGGAAUCUGACUCUUAUGCAUUCUUCAAUUUUACCCAUUGUGGUCAUCAUCAUCUCCAUCUAUUCUAUGCUGUUCUCACAUUCCUCUUCACAGUCUAAACCCACAAACUUCUCCUUCCAAAGUUAGCACCCUGAGAGAGAAAAAUGUCAGAAUCUGAUGAAGAAAAGCCAGACUUUCCACAAAAGGCUAGACCAACAGAGGAACCUGGAUUUGCCAUGGAUUUUGAUCUGGAUUUGGAAAGUUCAUGGCCUAUGGAUCACAUGUCCUUUGUCUCCAACCCCAUGUCACCUUUUCUGUUCUCCACCAUGUCUGACCAACCUUGCUCUCCUCUCUGGGCUUUCUCUGAUGGAGAAGAUGAUAGGCACACUAGCCUUGCAGCUCCAGCUUUCUCAGAUUGCCACAAGAUCUUUCCCUGUGAUUCAAAUUCAGUAACUGAGAAGCCAAUGGAAAAUGAUGACAACAAUAAGCUUUUGCCACCCGUUGUGCCUCAGCCACCUAUAGAAAAUUUGGAUCGCUUUUGUGUAAUCAAGGAAAGGAUGACACAAGCGCUUCGCCACUUCAAAGAGUUGACUGAACUGAAUGUUCUGGCUCAGGUUUGGGCACCUGUGAGGAAUGGUAAUCGGUAUGUGCUUACAACUUCUGGUCAACCCUUUGUUCUUGACCCGCAUAGUAAUGGACUUCAUCAGUAUAGAACAGCCUCCCUGAUGUACAUGUUUUCUGCUGAUGGAGAGAAUGAUGGAACUCUGGGACUUCCUGGUCGCGUUUUUCAGCAUAAAUUACCAGAGUGGACUCCCAAUGUUCUGUACUAUUCCAAUAAAGAGUAUCCACGACGUGAUCAUGCUGAACAUUACAAUGUUCGUGGAACCUUGGCUUUGCCUGUGUUUGAACCUGCAUUGCAGUCAUGUGUUGGUGUGCUGGAGUUGAUAAUGACUUCACAGAAGAUUAACUAUGGUCCUGAGGUUGAAAAAAUCUGCAAAGCCCUUGAGGCAGUAAACUUGAAGAGUUCAGAAAUUUUGGAGCCUCCAUACACUCAGAUUUGCAAUGAAGGGCGUCAGAAUGCGUUAUCAGAGAUUUUGGAGAUAUUGACAGUGGUGUGUGAAACUCAUAAUUUACCUCUGGCCCAAACAUGGGUUCCCUGUCGGCACCGGAGCGUUUUGGCACACGGUGGUGGUUUAAAGAAAAUUUGUUCUAGUUUUGAUGGUAGUUGCAUGGGGCAAGUUUGCAUGUCUAUAACUGAUGUAGCGUCGUACAUCAUAGAUCCUCAUCUAUGGGGCUUCCGCGAGGCCUGUGUUGAGCAUCACUUACAACAAGGUCAAGGGGUUGCUGGGAGGGCUUUUUCGUCCCACAGCAUGUGCUUCUGCCCAAACAUUACCCAAUUCUGCAAAACUGAUUACCCCCUAGUUCAUUAUGCUCUCAUGUUUGGGUUAACAAGUUGUUUUGCAAUCUGUUUACGGAGCUCUCAUACAGGAGAUGAUGAUUAUGUGUUAGAAUUUUUUCUGCCUCCUAGGAUCACACACUUUAGUGAACAGAAGACACUGUUGGGAUCCAUAUUGGCAACAAUGAAACAGCACUUUCAGAGUCUUAAGAUUGCUGCUGGUGUUGAACUUGAGGAUGGUGGUUCAGUUGAAAUUAUUGAAGCAACAAAUGAAAGAGUUACGUUGAGGCUUGAAUCUAUUCCAAUUGCUCAAUCUGUUCAAUCACCACCUGGACCUGGUGGCUCGCCGAAUAUGGUGGAGGAAGUGCCAAAGGAUCCAUCAGAACAACAAACAAUGAUGAACUGCAAUGACAUGAAUGAAGGAGGGGCUCAUGGUGAUAAUGCAGGUGGAAACAUUGAUCAAAUGUCCUCCUUAGAGACUAAAACCAUGAAGAAACCCUCAGAAAGGAAACGUGGAAAAACUGAGAAAUCAAUUAGUCUUGAAGUUCUACAACGUUAUUUCGCUGGGAGUCUUAAAGAUGCUGCAAAGAGCCUUGGUGUUUGCCCCACUACAAUGAAGCGCAUCUGUAGGCAGCACGGUAUAUCCCGCUGGCCAUCUCGGAAGAUCAACAAGGUUAACCGGUCCUUGUCCAAGCUCAAGCGUGUUAUUGAAUCCGUCCAAGGUGCUGAAGGAGCAUUCGGUUUGAAUUCUCUCAGCACAAGUCCACUUCCAGUUGUUGGUUCCUUUCCUGAGCCUUCUACUCCAAAUAAGUUCAGCCAGCAAGCAAGCAUGAGGCCAUUAGAGUCUCAGAUGAAAGAGAAUGAAAUUGAUGCCUCUAAAAUAUUAGAAAUUGAAGAUCCAUUGCUAGGAGGAAUGACACAAAAUCUUGAGAAAGUGUUUAAUGAUAAAGGUCCAAGAAGGAUUAGAACUGGGAGUGGCUCUAGUGAAGAUAGCACAAAUCCUACUUCUCAUGGUUCAUGCUACGGUAGUCCCCCAAUUGAAAGUUCACAUGUAAAAGACAUAUCCAUCACAUCCAACAAUGAGCGAUGUGUUGUGCCGAGGGGAUCACCGGAGUCGUCGCCGCUGCAGCCGAUUAAUACGUUGAACUCACCAAGUCCUAUCCCUAUACCUGACAUUGUGUUAACAGAACUUCAAGAGCCAUUUGGAGGAAUGCUAAUAGAGGAUGCUGGAAGUUCUAAAGACUUGAGAAAUUUGUGUCCUUCAGCAGCAGAGGCCAUUUUGGAGGAUCAGGUUCCAGAAGCUUGUCCAACUAAUAAUCCUCCAGGUUGUUCUAGUUUGGCUCCUAAGCGACCUGUGGAUACACUUGGCAAAACAGUGACACCUUUCGCGGCUAAGAAAGAAAUGAAAACAGUGACUAUUAAGGCGACAUACAGAGAAGACAUCAUAAGGUUUCGGGUCUCCUUGACAUGUGGCAUUGUGGAAUUGAAAGAAGAAGUUUCCAAAAGGUUGAAACUAGAGGUGGGUACAUUUGAUAUAAAGUACCUGGAUGAUGAUCAAGAGUGGGUUUUGAUAGCCUGUGAUGCCGACCUGCAGGAGUGUAUUGAUGUUUCGAGAUCAUCAGCAAGCCACAUAAUCAGGGUUUUGGUGCAUGAUAUCACUUCCAAUCUGGGAAGCUCAUGUGAGAGCUCAGGGGAGUGAGAAAUGGCUGUAUAUAUAGGUUAAGUUUGUACUUAAUUAUGUAGAUUCUUGUGAUCUUUAGGACAAUAGGGAAAAAAUAGAUUUUGGUUAAGAUCUGUUCAAGUUGUAAGAAACUGAAGAUUAUUAUUAGAUCAAAGGAUUACCACUCUUGAAUCUUUUGUAUCACUCAAACGUAAUUUAUGAUGAGAAAAAACUAGGAUAUUUUGCUGA